AUGGGCGCACUAGCCCUGACCUUAGACGAAGACCACAUCAAACAUGCGCUGGAUACCCUGUGCAGCAACGUAGAGAGCACCUCACAGGACAGGGAACAGCUCAGAGACGUCUCCAUUAUGGCGCUCAAGCGGAUCAUAGAGCAGCGGACACGGGCGCAGAAGGAGGAGGAUAAGCAGAAGGAAUCAACUGCGAUCAACACAGAAAUAGGCAACAGCCUGGUAGCACGCUUCGUCAGGGCCAUCAACGACGCCAAACCCGCGGACGAUUCCAUACGCCUGGAGGCUUUAGGGGUGCUGAGCGAUGUGUUAGCCGCAUAUGGGCACUUGGUACCCACGCUACACAGUGACACUCUGGCGUGUCUGCUGCACCAACUGACGUAUACACGCAGUGCUGUGCGAAAGAGAGCCAUUACGGCAAUGUCGCAAGUGGUCGGGGCUGUGGAUGAGGCAAAGGUGG